AUGGGUUUCGUGGUCGAAGCAGCGCUGUGUGUCUCGGCCGCCCUCAGCGACGCGCUGCGGCCGUGUGGCGAAGGCCGCAGUCGAGCACUGCGUUGGCAGGCAGCCGUGGGUUUCGUGGUCGAAGCAGCGCUGUGUGACUCGGCCGCCCUCAGCGACGCCCGCAGCCGUGUGGUGAAGGCCGCGGUCAAGCGCUGCGUUGGCAGCGAUGCACCGCGGCCGUGUGGCGACGGCCACAGUGGAGCGCUGCGUUGGCAGGUCGCCGUGGGUUUCAUGGUUGAAGCAGCGCUGUGGGACUCGGCCGCCCUCAGCGACGCGCCACGGGCGUGUGGCGAAGGCCGCGGUCGAGCGCUGCGUUGGCAGGUCGCCGUGGGUUUCGUGGUCGAAGCAGCACUGUGUGACUCGGCCGCCCUCAGCGACGCGCCGCGGCCGUGUGGCGAAGGCCGCAGUCGAGCGCUGCGUUGGCAGGUCGCCGUUGGUUUCGUGGUCGAAGCAGCGCUGUGUGACUCGGCCGCUUUCAGCAACGCCCCGCGGCCCUGUGGCGAAGGCCGCGGUCUAGCGCUGCGUUGGCAGGUCGCCGUGGGUUUCAUGGUCGAAGCAGCGCUGUGUGACUCGGCAGCCCUCAGCGACGCGCCGUGGCCGUGUGGCGAAGGCCGCGGUCGAGCGCUGCGUUGGCAGAGACUGAAGUCAGACAGAAGGGCGACAGGGGGGCGGAAGCCGGCGCGGCACGAUGCUGGGCAGACCGCCGCCCCCGCCCCCGCCGCCGGCCUUAUCACGGCCCGUGUUUGCUGUGCGCCCUCGCAGCUGCUCCCCCUGGCCGCUCCCCCCUGUCAGACUGAAGUUUCGGCAGGGCUUCCUCAGCGCCCGCGGCCAUUUGCUGAAGACAAAGCGGCUGGGAGUCCCAGGGGCGGCGACAAGCCGCCGGCACUGCACAAAGCGGCUGUGCCAGAAGGCUGCCCUGAGGUCACUGCCGCUGCCGCUGCCGCUGCCGCUGCCGCUGCACGCUCUGAAGGAACGGGGCGCAAACGUAGUGGAGGUGUGCCGAGGCGACUACGUACUUUCACACCUAACGACGGUAUUAAAGAAAAAUUUACAUUCAGUUUGUGA